AUGUUCAGGGCUGUUGAAUUCCUUCGAUGUGAGCGACAGAGUACUUGUUGUCCAGGAUUCUUUGGUUUCUUGCGUAAGGACGGCCUUCGGCUUCUCUGUUAUGAAGGACGACUUUGGCAAAUAAGGGGAGGAGGACGGAAGCCAAAUUUGGCAUUUUUGAUCGAAAAUGCACCUCUUUUUAUUUCGGAAUUGCUGCAUUGA